UUUCUAAAUGCCAGUUGGUAGAUGGAAGCCUCAGUUGACACUGGGAAUGUUAACAACACCAAAAUACUGCUCACUGCAUCUAUCACUGGAAUAUUGCUGGAUACAGCAUAGUUACGAUCUUACAGAGGAAGAUUAUCAAGAAGAAUGAAUCGCUCCUGUGUAAACUGCUUGAAAACUAUGGUGAUAAAUCUCAACUUCCUGUGUUGGCUGUGUGGGGCAUUUGUGGUAGCGUUCGGAGAGUUCCAGAUGAUUCACUCCAAGUUUGCCUCCCUCGUCACCACCUUCUGGCCCAUCUACCCCGCCAAUACUCUGGUGGUCACCGGUACCAUUGUUACCUGUGUGUGCUAUUUGGGAGUGUUAGGAGGCAUGAAGGAGAAUCGCUGCAUGCUCAUCAGUUUUUUCAUUCUGCUGUUCAUCCUGAUGCUGGUGGAGCUGGCCAUGGCCUGCGUGUUCCUAGUCUACAGCAGAGAGAUUGACACAUACUUUGAGAAUGACCUGAUGCGAAGCUUGGAGAUCUACAGACAGUCUAGUCCAGAAAGCAACAAGACCAUUAAAGAGGACUUUGAUGCUGUCCAGCACCUGUUUAGGUGCUGUGGAGUUCAUGGCGUGGCAGACUGGAAGGGUAAUGUGCCAAUCUCCUGUUGUAGCAAGGACCCCUGUAACACCCUCCCUCACACCAACUGGCAAGAGGGUUGUCUUUUGAAACUGAGAAGCUGGUUUGCCAGAAACUAUCUCAGCACAGGUGCAGGCGUUGUCACAAUGUUUAUCAUACAGCUUAUUUGUCUGUCUAUCACCAUCCCUCUCUUUUGCCACUUGAGUCGACAUGGACUGGGCUACCAGUGAAAAAAGGCCAACAAAACUGUACCUGCUAUUUACAGUGACUUUACGCAUGUCAACAGGUUGUUUUUCCCUGCAUUGGCCUUUCAUGAAUCUGUUUUGAAUGCCCAAAAAGUUGAUUUUGCUGCCAUCUCCAUCCAUCAAAAUGGAACAGUAAAAAAAAAAAAAACCUAGUUCUUUAACCAAGCAUAAGCUGAGGAGGGCAAGCACAGCAUUGCAUGUGAUGUGGUAAACAAAACAGGACACAUUUAAUUAGUAGAUAAGUUAUGACAUGAUUACCCAGUUGAAUGGACUUCAAGAACAGUUUGAACUAGACUUAGACAAACUAGAGUUAGACAAAUCCAACUUGGACAUUUUGAACCCUUACAUUUUUAAUUGUGUUCUCACUUGUUUUAAGCAACUGGAAAGGAAGACAUUUAAACUUUAACUGUGCUUAAUAAACCAGCACACUUGCUGAUUU